AUGUUGCCUGAAGACCUGAGGAAACGUAUCAGAAGAUAUGAACAAUAUAGAUGGCAAGAGACUAGAGGAGUCGAAGAAGAUACCCUUCUUCGUAACCUCCCUAAAGACCUCAGAAGAGACAUCAAACGCCAUCUCUGCCUAGAUCUCCUCAAGAAAGUACCUAUGUUUGAGAUAAUGGAUGAGCAAUUACUUGACGCUGUUUGCGAUAGGCUAAAACCGGUUCUCUACACGGAGAACAGCUACGUGAUCCGUGAAGGAGAUCCGGUUGGAGAAAUGCUGUUUGUGAUGAGAGGAAAGCUUAUAAGUGCCACCACUAAUGGAGGAAGAACUGGCUUCUUUAAUGCCGUGUACCUUAAGGCAAGCGAUUUCUGUGGAGAAGAUCUUCUCACGUGGGCAUUAGAUCCUCAAUCUUCGUCUCACUUUCCCAUCUCCACGAGAACAGUCCAAGCUCUAACCGAAGUCGAAGCCUUUGCUCUUGCAGCAGAGGAUCUCAAGUCUGUCGCUUCACAGUUCAGACGCCUCCAUAGCAAGCAACUCCAACAUACAUUCAAGUUUUAUUCGGUGCAAUGGAGAACAUGGGGCGCAUCUUUCAUACAGGCGGCGUGGCGGAGGCACUGUCGGAGGAAGUUAGCCAAGUCAUUACGCGAUGAAGAAGACCGGCUCCGAGACGCGCUCGCUAAUCAAGACAGAGAACGCCAACGCAAACGCGAUGAAGCAGCUGCUUCUUCGUCGUUGAGCCUCGGAGCCACGCUUUACGCGUCGCGUUUCGCCUCAAACGUGCUUCACAGUCUGAGGCACAAUAUCUCCAACCUCCCUCCUCGGUACACUCUUCCUUUGUUACCUCAGAAACCAACCGAGCCUGACUUCACCGUCGAUCAUACAAGUGACCCUUAG